AUGGAACAUCUGAUUUUUGACUUCAGAAGAAGCAAGACGAUGGGCUACCUGAACACUAACCAGUCUACAUAUAGUCAAACUAGUUUAUAUGAUCGUGUCAAGAAACUACUGAUUUCAUAUGAAUGGAGCGAUUGCAGCUUUAUUGUAGCAGGCAAAAACUUCAAAGCACAUAAAUUAAUUCUAGGUAUUAGUAGUCCUGUUUUUGAGGCUAUGUUUUAUGGGCCUUUAUCCUCUAAUGAGGACAUUGUGAUAACUGAUAUUCAGCCUGAUAUUUUCCAAUUAAUACUUAAUUAUAUAUACACAGAUACAGUUGAAUUAAGCACUAUAGAUCAAGCUUUUGAGCUGCUGUAUGCAUCUAGAAAAUAUAUCUUAGAACAUUUGACUGAAAUGUGCAUUGCUCACAUUCAAUCAAACAUCAGUGUUGAUAAUGUUAUAGAAGUAUUAAAUUAUCCAGAAUAUAUGCAAGAUAAGCAAUUAAUAUCUUUUGCCUUAAAAUUGUUCUGUGAACAUGCACAUUAUUUAUUACAAGACAAGAAAAACCUUAUUACCUACUCUUGUCUGAAAGCUAUCCUUGAAAGUGAUCAAAUGAAUAUAUCAGAAAGAGAUCUCAUCAAGCAUGUUUUUGAAUGGUCUUCAUAUUGCUGUGAACUAAACAAUAUUUCUGUGACAUUUGAAAAUAGACGUGAUGUCCUGAACAAGAAUGGUUUGUUUAAGUUAUUAAGAUUUUUGACACUAAAUGUUAAUGAUCUUGAGGAAAUUGUUACUGAUAAAUAUAAUCUUUUACUACCUCACGAAAUCGAAAAUAUCAGGAAAAGUAUCACAAAAUCGAAUAAGGAAGUAGUGGGGCCAAUAGGCGUAAGUGAUAUGCCAAGAAAUAUUUUACAAUUACAAUGGCAUCUAUGUUAUAGAUGUCCUAUCAGAUCUGUGGCUCCUAUAAUUAUUGAUGCAAACAAUUAUAUCAUCCAGUCUAGAAUAAGGGUCAACAAAUCAGUAUUCAUCAAUUCUCUUUGUGUACCAACAAGAAUGGCACCAGCAGAUCAUUUUUGUGAUAAAAUGUCAAAAGUAUACAAUGAGCAACUAUCAGUAUCAAUAAUGUGUGAAUGUGACAACAGUAUUAUUAAAUUGACUAACUUUGCAAAUAUGGUACAUUAUGACUCAAUGGUAGAUAUACCUCUGACAGAGCCUUGCUUUGUGAAAAAAAAUGAUUGGUACAAAAUAUGUUUUGUUUGGCCUCGCAACAGAUCAGGUACAUAUUCAUAUGUAGUGGAAUUUAGACAUGAUCAUUAUAGUGGUCAUAAGGUAUCAUUUGAAUUUGAUGACCUACCAUUUAAUGCUGGCACAAGUGGUAGUUUCCUUGGUGGCUUGAAAUUUUGUUUGUAG